UAAACUUGUAUCUAUGUCAAGCAUAAAUGACGGUUAUUCAUAUGAGUUCCUGUGGGGAGUUCUUUUUGAUAACGUUCAAAGCUAAGGGCCUGUUCCUCAGGAUGGGAGGACUCUCCUGUCAGGAUAACAACAGAACCUCAGUUGAACUCAUCACGUAGGAGGCUCCGUGGUCAGGUACAGGGCAAGAACUCUAUAAAUGUUACUUUCUCUCUCUCUUUGUCAGACUGUGAACCUUCAUCUGUGUGCGAGGACCUCUGACCUUCCAUCCAUUUUCUGUAAGGGAGAAAAGGCAGGGGCGGAAGCCUAUUCCAGCUGAAAUACUUCUAACUUGGUAUUCUUUGCGUGAUAUUCUUGUAAUGAUGCUCUCAAGGUUGUGUGAUCAUAUUGUCUUCUUAGCCUCUUUUUAUUCUUACUCUUAUUAGAUGAUAAACCAUGUGUUUUUUUUUUGUAUCUCAUUAUCUUGCCUGGUAGAUAUAAUGUGUCAUUCACAUGCAAAGACCGCUUUACAAGAAUAUGUAACAUGGGACAGAUGUGGGGGGCCCCGAGGCUGCCGCACCAGGCUUUUCACAUUCCUCUCACUGACCAUGGCUGUAAACGCAUACAGGUUCAGAGCAACAGCAAAUCUUUUCUUUGGCUCUCACAGCAAGGUUUUUCCAGGAAAGCGGUAGGCCGGCUGGCUCCAGCUGGACCCCGACUGGAAUGUGCUGUUGCCCUUUAUCACUUUUCACUUUCUUCACUGCUUGACUGCCCAAUUAAAAGGAGUAAUUGGUCUGACCCUAUGGGAUGCUGUUUUCAGAUGUGUGAGUCAGUGGUCAGAGACAGAGAGACACAAGGGGUGUAACAGAGGGUGGAAAUAUGAGCACAAGAAGCAGAGACACCCUCACCCCCGUCACUGCACGCUACCUUCAGCUGCAGCUCCCACGUGAAGGCACCAGCAGGGAGAAAGUGUUCCUACAUUAAAACAAGAUGCCCCUUUCCCUUCGCACAUAUGUUUCUCAUGCUGCGGGCAGGAUAUAACCUGUAAAAUAACAAUGCCUGCUAAUAGACACAUUGAGGAGGGAGGUAAUCAGUCCUUACCACAAAUCUGGAAUCAGCACAUUCAGCGACUUGUUAGAAACACAUCCAGACUUUCAACAUCAACCCAUUUACAAAUUUUACCGCCCUCUUAUCGAGGAGGUUGUUGUCAUGGGAAUUUACAAGAACAAAAAAGUGGGAGUGACGGAUGGAGGUGGAGACAAGGAGUUUGACAACUGAGAGGAAGGAGUCAGAUGCAAACUGAGAAGAGAAGAAGGAUGGACAUGUGAGGGAAAAGCACAGACUCUGUGGAAAAAUCAAACCUAAAUGAAGGAGUGGCUGCUGGUGACGGAGCCUACAGAGUUCAGCCCCCCUUUCCCCAGGAGAAAAAAAAAGCACAGUCAGAUGACACUGACAUGAUGUGGACGACAACUGUCCUCCUGCUGCUCGUUCCUCGUCUGCUUUUCACCACAGACACAGGAAAUGGCACACAUUUUAACCAUUCAGAAAUAAUCAAUGAGGACUUCUCUGAUGCUCCUGUCAAAGACUACAAACCUCUCGGAGGGGUGAAAGGUCGAGAAACAUGCUCCAUCCCAUGUGAUAUCACCAUAAAGCUGCUACGAGAUGAAAAACAUUCAGUCUGCGGCCAAUUACAGCAGUCUCUGUUGGCGUUUGGACGCAGCACCCGGAAGCUAAUGAGGGAUGUGAUGGAGGAGCAGCAGAGAGCCCUGGACAUCCUUAGUGGUCAGGUCAUGGAGCUGAUGACCAAAGUGCAGACGCUCAGCUUCGAGGUUCAGAGAAGCAACUCUGAAAUGUACUCCAUCAAACCUGUGCAAUCCCAUGGACGAGACUGUAGCGACAUCAGGGACAGUCUUGUGUCAGUUGUUCCCAAGAUCCCCAGCGGUAUUUACAUCGUCCACCCAGAGAACACAGACUCUUCAUUUGAGGUUUUCUGUGAGAUGGACUACAUGGGAGGUGGAUGGACAGUGAUGCAACGGAGGACUGAUGGAUUAACGGACUUCAAGCGACCCUGGGCUGAUUAUGCUGAUGGCUUUGGAAACCUUGCAGGAGAGCACUGGUUGGGUCUGAAGAAGGUAUUCCAUAUAGUAAACCAGAAAGAUACUCGGUUCCAACUUCACAUGGCUCUGGUCACCCAUGACGACAUCACUUCUUAUGCAUCAUAUGAUGAUUUCCACCUGGACAGUGAAACCCAGUUCUUCAGCAUACACCUGGGCAGAUAUGCAGGCAGCGCAGGUGAUGCCUUUCGCGGCUACGAGCAGGAGCAGAACCAGGACACAGCUCCGUUCAGCGCCUCAGAUGUGGACAACGAUGGCUGCAAUCCUUUCUGCUCCAUCGAGAACCGCACGGUAGAGAGCUGCAGCACUCAGCACAACCACACGGGAUGGUGGUUUAACCAGUGUGGCCUGGCGAACCUCAACGGCACUCCUGAAGAUAUGGAGCAGAACCAAGGCGGGAGGACACACAUCUUGUGGGACACCUGGAGACAGAACGGGAUCCCUCACACCAUCAAAUCUGUCACGAUGAAGAUCAGGAGGAUUGCAACCAAUAAUUGACAGAGAAAAAGAGGGAGACGGGAAGACAGCACAUAUGUAUAAGUUGCACUGCAUCAUUGUACAACCUGACUUUUUCUAAUAAAACAGGAUGUUUUCAUUAUAUUAGUAAUAGUAUUAUUAGUUAUCUGCAGAGUUGGGAGGCCUUCAACUUAUAUUCCUUUACACAAUUUAAGUAAAUAUGUAUAUUGUGUCAAUAUUUUCACUCAUCUGUCAAAAAGACAGGACAAGUGGUCAUGUCUGAGCUGACCUUGUCAGAAAUAUGCAAGAUAAGGAUAAACAAAUUCUUCAAAUGUAGGCACAGUCCAUAGUCUUAUUAUACAUGUCAUAAUUAAGUCAUCUCAAGCUGAAUAAUGUGAACGUGAUCUGUUAGUUACAUCAGGACUGACCUGAAACUGAUGCUCCUGUCUGAAUUACCAACCCAUGUCUGCAGACAGUGCUAUGAGUCUCUCUCAUCAUAGCAUUGUUUACUAGAGAACUAACUAUAUAGACUGUACAUGAAAAUGAUUGAAGUGUGUGUGUGUGUGUGUGUGUGUGUGUGUGUGUGUGUGUGUUUAGGCAAAGCUGGUACAUGAACAAUGUAUGAAAUGACUACUUGGAUGUGUGAGAGGUUUUUUGUAUCGAUGAAGGUAAUUGUUACUCAUGGGAUGUUUUAGAGUCUUUCAGCUCAUUGUUUUGGUUUUACGGAUCACAGCUUUACUGUUCAGGUUCUCUCUCUCAUUAGCGUCAUUUCAGCGACUAGCUGCUUUACGUAAAGCAUUUAUCAGCUGAUAUUUCUAUCAGGAGUCGAUUGAAUUGAAAACAUGAAUGCAGUACAAUAAAGAUACUUAAUAAAUGAAUGAAGAGGAAUCACACCUUCUGAUAUCCAGUGUUAUAUUUGUGGUGUCAUUGUGGAUGGACAAAAAUAAUAGGCCUCUAAUUCAUCUGCAAACUGAAUUUAAACAGAAGCCAAAUGAAUCUAAUCUGA